GAAGGAGAGACUCACAUUUGCUCGAAUCCUGGUUGCAGUAACAAUCAAUCAGAAAUAUCCUACGAGUGUAACAUUUGAAAUGAGAAUGGAUGCGAGAUUGAACAAGCAGUGAUAUAUGAAUGGAAACCGAUCCUAUGUCCUAACUGUAAGAACUAUGGCCACGAAUUGAAGGAUUGCAGAAAACACAAAAAAGAGGAGGAAAUUAGGAAGGGGAAGGUGCAGGCCCUAACUAAUAAAGAGGAGGUACUAGAUGCGGCGAACAAUGGGAAACCAACUAAUGGGAACCCAAAUGAUGCACGAGGAAGCAGGAAUUAUUACCGCUACAAUAAGCAAGCGAAAUAUGCACAAAAAAGGGAAAUGGCAAAACCAGAGAGGAUACAAGAUCAGAACAGAUUUGAGAUACUGGGGAAUGAACAAGGUGAUGGAGAACAUGACGCGCAGACAGUAGGGCCAGGACGGCAGCAAAGCAAGACCGAGAUAUACCUAGUUCGUCUACCCCUAUAGACGAACAUGGUGGAAGUGUUCCAAUACAUAGGAAGGGAGGGGGUCACCCCCUUCCUCAUGGAUAGAAUUGGCUUUUGGAACACCAGGGGACUCAACUACCUUGCAAAACAACAAGAAAUGCAACCGUUUAUGCAUACCAAUAGAGUAGGGUUUUUGGUCUCUUGGAAAUAAAGGUUAAGAGGGCAAAGGCUCAAAACGUCUCUCUUAACCUUUGCAAAGGAUGGUCGUUUAGCACUAACUUAGCCCAACACCCAGGGGGAAGAAUAUGAGUCCUAUGGAAACCUCACAUCUAUGAGGUAAAUAUUAAGGAAUGUACAGAGCAACUUAUUCACUGUGGGGUGGUGCAUAAAGGUACAAGGAAGAGUUUUCAUAUUACACUAGUAUAUGCAUUCAAUGACAUGGCAUUAAGGAGGGGUUUCUGGCCGGAUAUAAGAAGAUUGCAGGGGAAAAUGAUAGGCCCUUGGGCAAUUAUGGGAGAUUAUAACUAUGUAAUGGAAAGAACAGAAAGAAUAGGAACUCCGGUAACCAUGGCUGAGAUAAGGGACAUGAGACAAUGCAUGGAGGAAUGUGAGCUGUCAGAGCUAAAGUCAUCAGGGGCGUAUUUCACAUGGUGCAAUAAGCAUAGUGCAGAUAAAAAGGUAUUUAGCAGAAUAGAUAGAGUAGUCACAAAUAAUGAUUGGGUCAUAGACUUGCCUGAUUCAGAGGUUCAUUUUAUGAAUCUUGGACUGUAUGACCAUUCACCUAGAAUAAUACAAUGGGAAGGUGGAACAAAACAAAGGCAGCCGUUUAGAUAUUUCAACAUGUGGAGGCUGGAUCCUGAAUAUAAGCUGAAAGUACAGGGGGGAUGGAACACUGAUAGACGGAGAACUAAGAUGUAUGAGCUAGUGGCCAAGUUGAAUAAAUUAAAAGGGGUGCUUAAGGGGCUGAACAAAACCAAUUUCAGUGAAGUAGAGCAAAAAGCUGAUCAUGGAAUGCAAGCUCUACAAAACUGCCAAACACAGGUGCAAUCCAAUCCUUUAGAUGUUGCUCUGAUUUUGGAAGAAAAGAGACUUGCACAAGAAUGCAGGAAGUGGAAUAAGGCAAGGGAUAUGUACUUGAGGCAGAAAAGCAAAGUGCAAUGGUUGACACAAGGAGAUCAAAACACAAAAUUUUUUCCUGCUACACUUAAAGCAAGAAGGAAUGCAAACAGGGUAUUCACUAUAAAAGAUGGUCAGGGGCAAUAACAAACCAAACCCCAGGAGGUAGCUAAUGCCUUCAUUAAUUUCUAUACUAAGUUGCUAGGGUUUAAUAAAGAGGACAGGACAAAAGUUUGUCCAAGGCUAGUCAGAUGCGGACCAGUGGUGCAAGAGGAACACCAGGAACAGUUGAUACAACCUAUAACUGCUGAAGAAAUUAAGACAGCUUUAUGGGCAAUACACGGUGACAAAGCACCUGGACCAGAUGGGUGCAGCAGCCAAUUUUUCAAGGACAACUGGGAUGUGGUAGGGACUGAUGUGACUGCAGCUGUACAAGACUUCUUUAGAACAGGAAAACUGCUGAAAGUAAUCAAUACC